CCCCCUCCCCGCGGCCGCCCGGCAUGGACGGCGGCGGAGGCGGCCCCGGGGGCACCGGCCUGGAUAAAAUGUUCAAGGGUUCGUUGGCACCUUUCUCCAGAAGAAUAACCCCAGCUCUGCUCUUGCCAUAACCCUGGAAUUCUGUGGCCUCCACUCAACACCAGCAGGGAGCCCCCGUUUCGUCCGCCCCGUGUCGAUGGAACAGGCGCCGGGCUGGAGGACCCCCCUGAUCUCGAGCUGCUGCUGCCUUGGUUUUUCUGGGACUGAAGGUGCUCCAUGAACCAGGGCCCCCCAAAUGAGUCAAACAGCCAAUUCUUGCCAGCAGCUGGUUGAGAACUGCCCGGCGCCCGUGGCGGGGAUGGCACAGGAGGACGGUCGCCGCGGGCAAGUGCCACCCACCUUCUACCACGGGGCCAGCCAGGAGCUCGACCUGUCCACCAAGGUGUACAAGAGGGAGUCAGGGAGCCCUUACUCCGUGCUGGUGGACAGCAAAAUGAGCAAAGCCCACCUCCACGAGAGAGAGGAGCAGCCUUAUUUCAGGGAAAACAGAGCGGUAGGAGAGGUCCGGGCUGUGAAAGAAGACAGAGAGAACUCUGACGACUCUGAGGAGGAAGAGGAGGAGGAAGAUGAAGUGACUUACAAAAGGGAGCAGAUUAUAGUAGAGGUAAACCUUAACAACCAAACCUUAAAUGUAUCAAAAGGGGAGAAGGGUGUCCCCUCCCAGUCCAAAGAGACUGCUGUUCUUAAGACCAGCAGUGAGGAAGAGGAGGGUGACAGUGGGGAAGAGGCCACUGAAGACAGUAAUGAUUAUGAGGAAAAUGAGAGGCAGAAGAAAAAAGAGAAAAGAGUGGAAAAAGUUAGUGUUGCACAAAGGAGAACGAGGAGAGCUGCCUCUGCUGCAGCAGCCACCACUUCCCCACCACCCAGAACUACACGGGGUCGUAGAAAGAGUGUGGAGCCCCCCAAGCGUAAGAAGAAAACUGCAAAGGAGCCCAAGGCACCUGUGCAGAAAUCAAAGUGUGAAGAGAAGGAGACUUUAACCUGUGAGAAGUGCCCCAGGGUGUUUAACACACGCUGGUACCUGGAGAAGCACAUGAACGUCACUCACAGGCGAAUGCAGAUCUGCGACAAAUGUGGGAAGAAAUUUGUUCUAGAAAGUGAGCUGUCCCUUCACCAGCAAACUGACUGUGAAAAAAAUAUCCAGUGCGUUUCCUGUAACAAAUCCUUCAAGAAGCUCUGGUCCCUCCAUGAACAUAUCAAGAUUGUCCAUGGAUAUGCAGAGAAGAAAUUCUCCUGUGAGAUUUGUGAGAAGAAGUUCUACACCAUGGCCCACGUGCGGAAACACAUGGUUGCACACACCAAGGACAUGCCAUUCACCUGUGAAACCUGUGGGAAGUCCUUCAAGCGCAGCAUGUCCCUCAAGGUGCAUUCCCUGCAGCACUCGGGAGAGAAGCCCUUCCGCUGUGAGAACUGUGAUGAGAGGUUCCAGUACAAGUACCAGCUGCGCUCCCACAUGAGCAUCCACAUUGGGCACAAGCAGUUCAUGUGCCAGUGGUGUGGCAAAGACUUCAACAUGAAGCAGUACUUCGAUGAGCACAUGAAAACACACACUGGAGAGAAGCCCUUCAUCUGCGAGAUCUGCGGGAAGAGCUUCACCAGCCGGCCCAACAUGAAGCGGCACCGGCGGACGCACACGGGGGAGAAGCCGUACCCGUGCGACGUGUGCGGGCAGCGCUUCCGCUUCUCCAACAUGCUCAAGGCGCACAAGGAGAAGUGUUUCCGCGUCACCAGCCCCGUCACCGUGUCCACGGCCGUGCCCAUCCUGCUCUCCAGCACCUCCCCGGCCAGCGCCGUGCCCGCCGUGGGGAGCCCCCCGGCCCCCGCCCCGCCCGUGCCCCUCAACCCCGUGGGCGCCGUCCCCGCCCGCCCCAUCCCGCACCCCUACUCGCACCUGCACCUGCACCCCCACGCACACCCCCACCACCUGCCGGUGCCCCCCGUGCCCCACCUGCCCCCGCCCCCCGCCCUCUUCAAGAGCGAGCCUUUGAACCACCGAGGGCAGAGCGAGGAGAACUUUCUGCGGCACCUGGCCGAGAAGAACAGCUCGGCACAGCACCACUGA